GAAUUAGAUUUGCAAAGUAUUACGUAUUUAACAGAUUUACUGUAAUCAUAAAAGACUAACCGUAUCGCUAACUAACUGAUCGUCACUACCGUAGUAUAUAUAAAUAGGUAUCUUGAUGUUGGCAAGGUUAUACUUAGGAGGACUACUACGACCAUAUGUUUUUAAGUUACCAAAUAAGCCAUAAUCGAAUUGUGCAAAAUUUCCUACAGAAACGAUGGUUAUAGUAAUUAUUGUAAUUAUUAUAAAAGCAUCUAACAUUAUUCUUACUAACCAGAAUUAACUAAUUGUCCAUAAUGUACAAACUGCUUAGCAGAUGAUCCAGCAGGAUCAUAUUGACCAAUUUCAGGUAUAAGAGUCUACAAAUUAAAGUUUAUAAUAAUAUCAUGUUUUAUGUAUUGCAACAUUUAUAUGUAUAAAGGAAAUGUAUUAAUCACCCUAUUCAGCUGUUUAAAGCUUGGUCCACUAAUGAGAAAUAUUACACUGGUGCAUAGUGGACUUGUAAUUGCUUCUUCUUUGCAAGCAAUUGCCAUUACCUUUUGUAUAAAUUUGCUCGACGGCUGGAACUCGUUUAGGCCUAUGAUUUUUUUAAUGAAUAUUACCUCGAGAGCAUCAACAAAGGUGGCCAAAAGACGGAAGAAAGCGUUUGUCAUAUGGGACAUGAAGGAUGCUGGGGCCAAUGGGAAUGCUGCUUCAAUCUUUUCUUGAUACUCUGGACGUUCACUUGCCAUCACUAAAAACGCAGUGCCCCCUUGACUAUGUCCAAUGGGUUCCCAGCACCCAAGUUGCAGAGCAGUCCAAAAGACCAUGGACAAGAAGUACGGCAGGCUUAUUGUUGGCUUUAGGACUUUUCCUGGAACCUAUGAUUCUAUGCAUUUGCAGAAUGUAUCCAUCUGUAGUGGUAACUUCUGGUAAAACACUAUUGUUAUGCAGUGAAACUUGGGAUGGAGCAUUAUCAAGAGGAAUAAGACCCCAGUUCUCAUUGCCAAAGUUAAUAUCGUUAAUUGAGUCGUAAUCGUACUCCGAUAAAGGAAUCCCCAAUACCACCGGUAUAAUGUAGCAGACGAAGAAGAAGUAGAAAAGAACAUUCGAUGAAAAUCGAAAGCUUCAAGCAAAAAAGGAGAAAGGAAGAACAUAAGAGAAAAGAAAGAAACCCGAACUGCAGAGCAGGAUUAAAGUCCUAGUAGCAAAGAAAGGUCAAUAAAAAGAUGCAAUUUGUUUCCUUGAAGAAUUUUAUUCUUUUCUUAUUAGUCACUAUAUUGCCCUUAGAUGCUAAACGGACAGCAAAACUAUUAACUAUGAGAAGCAGCAUGAUGUUGCAUAGAAAAGGGGGGAUACGCCCAGAGCUGAAACAAAAGAUUUGCUUUGAUUUAGUAGGCUGUUUUUCUAAUCCACCUACUCAUUUGACAUUAAAGCGUGCUCCACAACAUCCGAGUAUAAUUCAGACCAGAUUCUUAUUGUACACUCGUGCCAAACAGGAUUUGCCUGACAGUAUUCAGUACGGCGAUGAUUUUAAGUCUAUUUUGCAAUCAAAAUUCGAUGCAAAGAAGUCUCUAAAUGUCAUCAUACAUGGCUACAAAGGAAGCGGUAGCGAUGUCGGAGCCAUACUUCUUGUAAAAGGCCUUCUGGACAUGAAAGACGUAAAUAUCCUGGUACUGGAUUGGACAAGGGGCGCGGCGACAACGUAUUCAGCAGCUGUGGCAAACACCGAACUAGUAGGACGUCAACUGGGCUUGGUUCUUCUGGAUAUCAUUAGUCUUGGCACUCCCCCUGAAAAUAUUCAUGUGAUCGGCUUUAGUCUUGGCGCUCAUAUCGCUGGUUGCGCCUCGGAGAUUGUUAAAAAAAAGAAUCAUCUUUUGGGGCGUAUAACCGGUUUAGAUCCAGCGUCUCCAUUCUUCAGGAACCAUUUAUUCAGAGAAAAAUCGAGGAAAUUGGACGCGACCGAUGCUCAACUUGUUGACAUAAUUCAUACAGAUGGAUCGGAGGAUUUUGCGGAUGGGUUUGGGCUCUUGAAACCCCUUGGUCACAUCGACUUCUUUCCCAAUGGUGGCAGAGAACAACCUGGCUGCAACGAUGUGAAAAACUCUGUUGUCGUUAGCCACAUGAAUGAGGAUAGCUUGACUAGGGAGCUUGCCUGUAGCCAUUUGAGAGCUUGGGCUCUCUUCCUGGAAAGUGUUCGAAUGGUUAAUGAAACGUGCAAGUUCAAUGCCUGGCCAUGUCCUAAAGGAAGAAAGUCUUAUGUAAGUGGAAUAUGCUUCCCCAUGGAGUCCACAUUAUGGACUCAAGAAAUGGGUUACAAAGCUGAUCAAGGUGCAUUAGGAAUUUACUAUUUGCCGACCCGGAAAGAGAAACCAUUUUGUGGGUAUCCGUACAGAGCGUCAGUAAGAGUAUCCGAGGACACUCCAAGAACAGCAGGAAUGAUACUCGUGAAAAUUGAACAAUACGAUGCAACGUUCAAGAUCGAAUGCCCAUUACUGAACCGGAAGAAUAAACGAAUGACAUUCUAUAGUAUCGCUGCAAUGAGAUAUCAAUCACAUCCCGAUAAUCAGUCAAUGAUAGUGGCACAGGUUUGGUAUCAGAGCUUGUUAGAUGAAGUAGAAGACAGUUCGAAUAAAAAUCAUUAUUCGGAUAGUUUAUUGAUAAACAAGUUUACGUUGGAAGAUAGAAAAGGAAACAGGUGGGAGUAUUGUAUGCGAAACGCUGUAGUGAAUUCACAAGAAAAAUCGAUAGUCCUACGACUCGGGGAAUGCAAUGUUUUAUAAGUAAACCAUCACUUGUAAUCCAUAAGGAAACCAAUAAAGUUCAUCAUUAUAAGCA